CAGAAAAUCUUUCCUCCUCUCUUCAAUAUUAUAUUUUGUAGUUUAUAUUUCAACAUGGUAUCAGAGCCUUCCAUGUUAGUUUAGUUCUUUCCAGAUUACAAUUAAUUUUCAGACUGGAUUCUUCUUCAGUCUUCAGAUUAUUCAGAACCUUCAGACACCAGUCUGUCUCUAAAUUCUUUCUUCAGGAUUUCAGUUUUCAGAUUCUUCAGAAACUCUAAAUUUCCCAGAAAAUCAAUUAGCCUGAGCUAAUUUCCCAGAAAAUUCCUUCACAUACAGUCUGCCCACCAGACCUCAGAAAUUUUCAGACCACACAUUUCAUCACCACCGUACCCAGGUGGUGCGUCUACCUCCGACGACCCGGAAACAAAAGUCCGACACCCAAACUCUAAGCGAGUGAUCCGCACGCGCCGCCACAGCACGGCGACCUCAACUCACGCGCCGGCGCGUGUUGUCUGUUCUGCGGCCAGAUUUCCGAUCGACAAACGCCGACCGGCUCGCCUGCAUAUCUCCCAUCUGCUGCUGUCGCUUCUCAUGGGAUGGUUAGGAUUCGUUCCAGCUCUUGAAUAAGCUGAUAUCGGGAAGUGACGAACUGACGGUACCAGGCAGACGAGCUUCUUCCUUGACCGUACCAGGAACAGAGAUCUGGCAGCACAAGCUUCAUGACCGACCAUUAUUGACGAGGGUUUUGGUCUUCAGCCAGCUCGCACACUCUUCUGGAUCUGUUAACGAAGCAGACUAUUGGUAAAGGACAUGAGUCGGCUGAUCUUUAUAUUUUGGAUACAUCAAUAACAAAAGGUAUCUCUUGUCUCGGGGUUGGAACUUUGUUAGAGGCUCAUUACAGACUAGGACACCCAUCUCUCACACUUAUGAAACAGAUAUAUCCUCAGUUUAAUAAGGUGUCAUCUAUACAAUGUGAGUCAUGUGAAUUUGCAAAACAUCAUCGCACUACUUUAAGUCCCCGACUUAAUAAACGAGCCAAUGCUCCGUUUGAUCUUGUCCAUACUGAUGUUUGGGGGGCAUGUCCGGUUGUGUCCAAAUCUGGUUUCAAAUAUUUUGUUACUUUUGUUGACGAUUAUUCUCGUAUGACAUGGUUAUAUUUUAUGAAGCGUCGAUCCGAGUUAUUUACUCAUUUCUCUGCAUUUUGUGCAGAAAUUAAAACUCAAUUUAAUGUUCUUGUUCGUGUGUUAAGGGGAGACAAUGCCCAAGAAUAUCUAUCUGCUCCAUUUAUAUCUUUUAUGCUUCAACAUGGCAUUAUUCAUCAAACUUCAUGCGUAGACACACCUCCUCAAAAUGGAGUUGCUGAAAGAAAGAAUCGACAUCUGUUAGAAACUGCACGGGCUCUUCUAUUCCAAAUGAAUGUGCCUAAACAAUUUUGGGCUGAUGCUGUGUCUACUUCAUGUUUUUUGAUCAAUCGUAUGCCAUCUUCUGUUUUGGAUGGUAAAACUCCUUAUCAAUGUCUUUUUCCAAAUAAAGAACUUUUUUCCAUUCCACCUAAAAUCUUUGGUUGCACUUGUUUUGUUAGAAAUGUUAACCCUCAUCGCACGAAGUUGGAUCCCAAAUCAUUGAAAUGUAUUUUCUUAGGUUAUUCUCGAGUUCAAAAGGGGUAUAGAUGUUUUUGUCCGAGUACAGGUCGAUAUCUUGUUUCUAUUGAUGUCUCAUUUCAUGAAAAUACACCUUGGUCAUCAUCCAAGACAGAUAUCCAUGAGGACAACGAUGAAAUACUCAUUUACACGGUUACUAUACCUGAGACUACCCCUUCAGUAACUAUACCGAAUGUUCCUGUUCCUGACCCCAGACCUCCAGUACACUUGGUUUACACCCGUCGACACAAAGCACUAGAUCACCAUCCACCUGUGACACCUGUGAUUACUUAUCCUAAUACUGGUCCGACUUCGAUCUCAUGUCCUGAACCAGUACCUGCAUCUUCAGAUCUUGUCUCUACAUCAGAUCUUGACUUCCUGAUAGCACUACGUAAAGGUACACGUUCUUGUACUCAUCCUAUUUCUUCAUUUGUGUCAUAUAGUCAGUUAUCCUCUACCUCAUAUUCUUUUAUUGCUUCCAUUGAUUCUAUUUCUGUUCCCAAAUCUGUUAAAGAAGCUUUGUCUCAUCCUGAAUGGCGUCAUGCCAUGGUAGAGGAAAUGAAUGCUUUGGAUCUUAAUGGUACUUGGGAUUUGGUAGACUUGCCUACAGGGAAGAAGUCUAUUGGAUGUAAGUGGGUCUUUGCUGUUGAGGUUAUCCCAGAUGGAUCUGUUGCUCGAUUGAAAGCUCGUUUAGUUGUGAAGGGUUAUGCUCAAACCUAUGGUGUUGACUAUUCUGACACUUUUUCUCCUGUUGCUAAAUUAACAUCUGUCAGGUUACUUAUUUCACUUGCUGCAACUCAUGGUUGGCACUUACAUCAGUUAGACAUUAAAAAUGCAUUCUUGCAUGGUGACCUUCAGGAGGAAGUUUAUAUUGAGCAACCUCCGGGGUUUGUUGCUCAGGGGGAGUAUGGGAAAGUUUGUCGACUUCGCAAGUCUCUUUAUGGUCUGAAACAAAGUCCCCGUGCAUGGUUUGGGAAAUUCAGUCAAUCCAUUGAAAGGUUUGGAAUGAUAAAAGGACAAUCAGAUCACUCUGUCUUUUACAGACAAACAAAAGCAGGUAUCACAUUACUUGUGGUGUAUGUUGAUGAUAUUGUGAUUACAGGGAGUGAUAAUGCAGGUAUUUUGGCCCUUAAGAAUUUUCUGCAUAGUCAAUUCCAGACGAAAGAUCUUGGCUCAUUGAAAUAUUUUUUGGGAAUUGAGGUAACACGAAGUAAGAAAGGCAUACUUCUAUCUCAACGUAAAUAUGUACUUGACUUACUAGCCGAGACAGGGAAAUUAGGGGCAAAACCAAGUACAACACCCAUGGUUCCCAACAUGCAACUCACUCAAGAAGGCACACCAUUUGAAGACCCAGAAAGAUAUAGAAGAUUGGUUGGAAAGCUCAAUUAUCUCGCAGUCACUCGUCUAGAUAUUGCAUAUUCUGUGAGUGUAGUGAGUCAAUACAUGUCAUCUCUAACCAUUGAUCAUUGGGCUGCUGUAGAACACAUAUUAUGUUACUUAAAGGGUGCACCAGGACGAGGUAUUGUUUACCAAAACCAUGACCACAUGAGAAUAGAAUGUUUUGCAGAUGCUGAUUGGGCCGGUUCUAAAGAUGAUCGAAGAUCUACAUCUGGUUAUUGCGUCUUUGUUGGUGGUAAUCUUGUAUCUUGGAAGAGUAAGAAACAAAAUGUGGUUUCUCGUUCGAGUGCUGAAUCAGAAUAUCGAGCUAUGGCACAAUCUGCAUGUGAGAUCAUAUGGAUAAGCCAUUUAUUGACUGAGCUCGGAUUGAAGACAUCAAUGCCUGCUAAAUUGUGGUGUGAUAACCAAGCUGCUAUACACAUAGCAAACAAUCCUGUAUUUCAUGAGAGAACAAAGCAUAUUGAAGUUGAUUGUCAUUUUAUUCGAGAGAAGAUACAAAAAGGUUUGAUCUCUACCGGUUAUGUGAAGACUGGAGAACAACUUGGAGAUUUAUUCACUAAGGCUCUAAAUGGGAUUCGCGUUGAGUACUUAUGUAACAAGUUGGGCAUGAUAAAUAUCUAUGCUCCAACUUGAGGGGGAGUGUGAAAGAAUUAAUGCAUAUAAGAAUAUGCUUUAGGAAUAUACUCUAGACAUUAUUAUUGUAUAGCAUCUUAUGUAGGAAUAUUCCUUCUUUGUAACCUAUAUAUAGGGCCUUAACCCUCUCAUA